AUCGACUGCUUCCAGGGGAUAUCAUUUUAUCAGUCAAUCUUUUUGUUUACGUAUCUCUGUAUCAGAAGAAUGCCGAAUGGAGCGCAGUGACCCAAGGUCGGCAAAUGCAUCGGUCCGGAAAAGAGCACUCGUAGCAUGCGAGUUGUGUCGCUCGAAAAAGACAAAGUGCGACAACAGCAGACCCAGUUGUGAAUCAUGCGCGAGACUCCGGGUCAAAUGCCUGUACAAGGCAAGCAAUUUAGACCAAUCGCCAUUUGAUGUCACGAAUCAGACGGUCCUCGAACGCCUUGACUACCUCGUACAGCUUGUCGAGACACAAAACGAAAGGAACUCCCUCGCUGCUCCUGGCCCAUCGCUCUAUUCGCCAGGUCAUGCUGUCGCCGCCCAAACCCCCAACUCAAACGUCUCACUAGAUCUACCCUAUACUUCACCUUAUGCAGGCGACUCCUGCAGGUCCUCCACUAAGGUUUCGCUCGAAGACACCGCCAUCCUUUCCGAGUCAGUGGACCUUGCAGGUCAGACCUUCGGAAUGUGCGAGACUCUGCUCCAGUGGCCUAUUUUUGAAAACAAGUACCCUGUCCCGGGUCCAGAGCUACUUGUAUUCCAAUCUGAAGUUACAGAAAAGCUUGAGGAAAAGCCUUGCUUAUCGCGGUCGCCGAAUGGUAACGCGACUCAAUUACUCGGAUCUCGGCGCUUGAUCCACGAAGAGGAUGCGUUAAGACUAGCACACAAGUUUCUGUCCCAUGUCCACAUCAAGAACCCAAUCCUGGAUGAACACAAUUUGUUUGAUAUAGCGAGGGAAGUGAUGGAGCAUGGUUUUGGAUGGGACGAGCGGUCUUGCCUCAUGCUCAUUGUUUGUGCUCUCGGCAGCCUCUGCACGGAGUUUACUGAAGAUUUUAUUAAGCCUUGUCAACUCGUCGGUCCCACCCCGAUAAGUAGUGUAUCUGACGCCGUGGACUAUGCAAGUGCGGAGACCUACUAUAUUGCUUGUAGGAAAAGGGUCGGUCUUCUUGGAAACUCGAUUGUCGCCACAGAAUGUCAGUUCUACUCUGGGGUUUACGAAAUGUUUUCUCUACGACCCCUCCGAGCUUGGUCAUCCUUCAACAAUGCUUCCAAGACUCUACAGAUGUACCUAAAGGCUCAGUCAAUCCAGACUGCAGAUGCUGCUUGCAGCCUUGUGCGAAGUCUCUACUGGUCUUGCCUGAAGUCAGAGUGGGAGUUUCGAAUGGAAAUUGAUCUACCCCCCUCAGGCCUAGCAACACUCAAUUAUGGAGAAAUCUUCCCUUUGCCGCCGGCUAGUUCUGUGCAGCCUCAUGGCGAACAGGAUCGAGCAGCUAUAGAGAAAAGCUGGAACUUCUAUCUUUCAGAGCUCGCAGUCCGCCGAAUAGGGAACCGCCUGAUGGGCUGCUUCUAUCAACAUGACGAAACGUGGUGGUUGUCAGUUCCACUCGAGCGGUUGAUCAGGAUUGCCACGGAGAUUGAAUUACAACUUACACAAUGGGUCAACCACCUGCCACAAGUUGGGCACUCGGCUGGCGAUUUUGCUGAUCGUGCCCGCUCAGACGAGCUGACUUUCUACCUCCAUGGCCGCUUGCUAGGCUUUACAGAGAGAGUAUACCGCCCAUUCCUAUACCUUGCACUAUAUCACCCCCUGGACAGCCCAAUCCAAGAGAGUCUGAGACCAUAUGUUCAAAAACAUAUCGAAACGUGUCUCAAGCACACCCUCCGGGGAAUCCGACGGCACAGGCAUCACGGAACUUGGUAUCAGAUUCGGGAAUGCGUCUCAAUGUGCUUCCUGCUACUGGCUGCAGUUAAGAGUGGCAAAGUUCGCGUUUCUAACUCAUGGAGGGAGGCGGUCGAGACGACUAUUGCAGGAUGCAUGUUCUGGGAGAUGGAAGCUUCGGACGUGCGGGCACUUCGAUGUGUCCUGAUGGAUAUUCUGGAGCAGCUCAGUGGCGAUAAGGCUGUGCAAAUUUCCUAGAGAUAUUAGACUCCAUCACAAUACGCAUGCGAUGUUAAGUUGACUAUAUUUUUUUACUAGGAAGGAUACUAUAGUGAUCUGAUCGCCGAGAUUUGUCAUUUUCGUGGACGGUGAGCAUAUUGAGUCACAGAAUGCCUAUGCGGGACCUGGGAAAGUCCAGUGACGAAUUGGCUAAAAGAUCAUCCGUAUUAAACUCACGUUGAAUGUCACUGAAUUGAAACACUCAUGUAUGAUGUGCAAGUUGCGGAGGCGUACUGUCUUGCGGACAAUGGAAGAUACUUAAGAUCUGCAAAAAAUUCCAAAAUCCGUCCCUCGGAAAACAGG